CAAGCCUCUCCUGCAAAAUCAAAUCCGAUGACUCAUAGCAUUAGAAAAGAACCCUAUAACAACUAGGCCUCAAUUUCAAACAAGUUGGUGUUGGCUAAAUAAAUCUUUACUGGCCAAGUCGCUCCAUUUAAGCUCAUCUCCGUCUGAUAUAUUAUAAAUAUCCUCAUUCUUUUCUACACUCAUAAUGCUAUUUUAUAAAAUACAAGACAGAAAGAAGAGAAGCUGGAAAAAAUAAAAACAAACUUCAAUAAUUAAAGGGUGAUAAGACACACAACUUCUUAAAGAAUUUCAGAGACUCCCCCAGAUUGGUUUCGUAAUACUAAGCUCCUUUUUAGUUUACAAUAUUACAUUUUGCUCUCUUGUUUUAAUUUCUUUGUAAUAAUUCUUAACCUAUCCAUAAUAAAUGUAAAAGUAUUGUGCUUGACCAGUUUGCCUUUUUUAAAUAAACCUUCCGUUUAAUUAAUUUUUUGAACAUCUUUUUUUUCUUCUUAAAUUCGUUUAGAACAAAUAACAUAAAGGUUAUCUCUGAGUUGCUGCUUCUUCAUCCAACAAUGAAUAGAUACUAUUCACUUGAAUACAACACUGAUGCGAUCCCUUCUAAUGAUACCAUCCACUGUCAUACUUAUUGGUGCAGAACGCAAGUCGCAUCCUUCAACGAAUAUAUUCCGAUGUCUCAAUCAGGAGUACUAGGGAUCUUUAAUAGGGUGUUUAAUGUUCAUGUACCAGACAACAUGAGUUAUCGUCUUUCAGAAAGUGGAACUAUCGUAGCCAACACUUACUGUCGCCAAUGUGGAAAGAUGAUAGGGUGGAAAUUUAUUACAGUCCAAGAACCGGACAUGUAUGUUAGAGAAGGAAAAUUCUGUAUGAGACUGGACAAGCUUACUUUUUCGAAUCACAUACCAUUGCUUCGUUCAAUUGAGGAAAAAAAUUUCCAAGCUAAUGAGGGAAAUGCUGAUCAAGAUGGAGACUCUACUGAUCAAGACGGAGACACAACUGAUCAAGAUGCUACUGAUCAAGAUGGAGACCCAGCUGAUCAAGAUUUAGCCACUAAUGAGCAAAAUGCUGAUAAAGAUGGAGACGCUAAUGAACAGGUUCCUAAAGAACAAGAAGUGGGCGCUACUGAGCAAAAUGUUAAUCAAGAUGGAGGUGCUAAUGAGCAAAAUGCUGAUCAACAUGGAGGCGAUAAUCAACAGAAUCAUGAUCAAGACGGAGGCGCUCCAAUGAACUGAAUGAAGAUGUAGAGCAACUAGGUGAUGGACCAACUAAUGAAGAAAAUGAAGACAUUGAUACUCUGCUUAUACAAAAUGCUAUAAUUCAUAAUUAUGUGAUAUUCUAUUUUGAGAUUGCACUACAUAUUAUUACUUCAGGUUGGAAUAAACCAAUUUGAGACUACCGUUCUGUAUAUCAUCAUGUAGAGUCCUAUUUGGCAUGAGUAAUGAGUUUUCCUUCACCACAGUACGUCUAUUCUGAAGAUGUAAGCCUCUCAAGUAUCAACAAAAGGAUCUUGACUUCUUAUAAAAAACAAAAAAUAAAUGUAAAGGCAAUUAUUGUGGUAUUCUAAACGGAGAAGGACUGGAAAUGGGUGAUGAGUAGAAAAUUGAUCAAAAUCGUGAUGGGCAGCUAUCAUAGACGUAUCAAAACCAAUACCCCUCAGAGUCAAAUCCAUGACGGAAGUUUUAUGCACAAAUGGAUUUUAAUCAUUUCUUAUAUUUUUAUUUCAUUGAUAUGCCUGAUGCUGUUUAUGGAAGAGAUGUAUAGGGAAAGGGACAGCGGACAGCAACAACACAUUCAUACAGGAUUAAUUGAACUGGAAGAUGGUUUGAUUAUAACCCCUGAGGCCUCAUAAGCAUGACAUAUAAUGCCAUGUAGUCAGUCAAGGAAUCAUCAACAUCCACUCGAAUAUCCCAUGAUUUCAAGGACAAACACAAAACCAAUAGCAACAGGAACAAACAACCUUUGUAAUUUUAGUUUAGCAGAAGAGAAGAUAUUCAUUUAAGGAUUAUUUUCAAUCAAAUUUCUACCAUUUCCUUCUCAUUUUUAUUCUAAAGGAAUUUAAGAAAAAAAAUAUGUUUACAAAAUUAAUUAAACAAGAGGUGUAUAUUGAAAAGGAUUAGUUAGUCAACU